GUCUAUAUGCAACUUGUUUAUCAAUUAUUUUUCUUUCCUAGUUUUACAUUUUUAUACGUCUUCUAAAUAUUACGUUGAAUAAAACCAUAAAAAAGAUAUUGACUAAGUUUAUAAAAAACUAAUCUCCAAUUAUAAAACAAAUGGAGCCACUGCAAACUAUAAAUCAAGAAACACUUAACAUGCAUGAAGACGAAUUAAAGGCACAGGAAAAAUUGAAUCAAAGACGUGAAGCACGUAGAAGGAAAAUUUUGGAAAAUGCUAAAAAUCGUCUAGAGAGGUUAAAUGGACGUACCGCCGCUACCACCAACACCGCCACCUCCAGCAACAUUAACACCACAAUUAUUAACACUAAUACAACUGACUCACAUGAUGAACACCACAAGCAUGAACACAUAAAUGGACCAAAUCUGCUAGAUAGUGUUGAAUUUUCUGAUCCAGAAGUUGAGCCCGACAUUAUUCCUCAGCAAUUGCUACAAAAUGAUCCGUCUAUGCUUAUUGGUGAUCUAUUUAGCUCAUUAAAUACCGAAACGACAUCAACGCCCUCUCAGCAAAAACGUCAUAUUUUACUCAGGGCUCGUUUACAUUUAAUCAUUUCGGCUCUUAUUGCUUGCAUUUUAACAUUUGUUUUGCGUGAAUCCUCAACUGCAACCACAUCAUCAGCCAGUUUUAGCAUUUUUAUACCCGCCGGUCUAUGUGUUGUUAUUGAUUUGCUAUUCUUUAGGGAACAGCAACCUUUAAAUCCGCUUAUAAAUUUGGCCAUAACCAUGUUGAAUAUAAGAUUACCUUCACAGACCAAAAAUAUUUUACAUUUAUUUUCGAUUAUACAAAGUCUUAUUGUUGAUCUUGGUGUUUUUGUAUUUAGUUUUUGUAUAUUUUCUUGCAGUUUAGUUUGUUUGAAUAGUAAUUUUAUUGAUUUAAUUGUAAUUAAAUAGAAUAUUAACCGCAAAAGAAAUAUGGUGUAUUUAUAUGGAUUUCAUAUUCUUUUUGUCCAAAAAAAUGUAAAAAAACAAAUAACUAUAUAAAUAAAUUAUAUUUAUAAAUAUGAUGCACGGGUAA